AUCCCCCGCACGUCGCCAACGACGAGCCCGAGAUGCGGUCGCCCAACUUUUCUCUCCUCCUACUCCUCCUAAGCCCGGCAUUCACCGCCGCACUCAAAACCGGCGACUGGAAGACAUGCGCCACCUCCGGCUUCUGUCGUCGCGGACGCGCCCUGUCUGCACGCGCCGAAGAGGCCGGUAGCUCAUGGCACUCCCCCUACUCUCUCGACCCUGCGUCCGUCUCCAUCGCACCCGCCGACGCUGCCUUCACUGCCAGCGUUCGCUCCUCCAUCCACCCCGAUGCCAAAUUUGGCCUCGACGUGCGCGUCCACGAGGAUGGCGUCGUCCGCGUGCGCAUGGACGAGGUCGAUGGCCUGCGCAAGCAUUACGACGAGGCUGCGUCGUGGUCUCUCAUUGAAGAGCCAAGCAUCAGCCACGACGUCCAGUGGACCGUCGGCAAGAAAGACGUCCGUGCCAAGUUUGGCGCCAACGAGGUCUCCGUCCAGUUCAGCCCGCUCAAGGUCACGCUCUUCCGCGAUGGCCAUGAGGAGGUCGUCUUGAACGGUCGUGGUCUCAUGCACAUGGAGCACUUCCGCACGAAGGAAGGCACCGCCGUACCCGAAGUCGCGGAAGCCGACGACGGCGCGCAGAAGCCCUUGCAGGUCAACGCUGCUGCGUGGUUUGAAGGCGAGGAACAGGAUGCUUGGUGGGAAGAGACGUGGUCUACCUGGACUGACUCCAAGCCGAAAGGCCCCGAGUCUCUGUCCCUGGAUAUCAACUUCCCCAACCACGGCAACGUCUACGGUAUCCCCCAACAUGCAACGCGUCUUUCGCUUCCCGCUACCACAGGACCCGACGCCGAGUACACCGAACCCUACCGUCUCUUCAACGCUGAUGUCUUCGAAUACCUCCCGGAUUCCCCCAUGUCUCUCUACGGCUCCAUUCCCCUCAUGCAUGCCCACUCGGCCAAGUCAACCGUGGCUGUAUUCAACUCCAUCGGCUCGGAUACCUGGAUCGACGUCAAAUACCCCAAGAAAGGCUCCACCCAGACACACUGGAUCUCCGAAUCCGGCAUCCUCGACGUCUUCCUCCUCCCCGGGCCCACGCCCGAGAAGGUCUUUGAGCAGUACGCGCGUCUCACCGGUGCACCUGUCCUCCCGCCGGCCUGGGCGCUUGCGUACCAUCAGUGCCGCUGGAACUACGUCUCCUCGGACGAUGUCCGCGGUGUGCAGGAGCGCUUCGACGAGUCCGAUAUCCCCGUCGAUGUCUUCUGGCUGGACAUCGAGUACGCCGAGGGCCACAAGUACUUCAUGUGGGACCAGAAGACGUUCCCUGAUCCGGUUGAGAUGAUCCAGGACGUCGAGGCUCUGGAGCGCAAGAUGGUCGUCAUCAUCGAUCCUCAUCUGAAGCGCGAUUCCAACUUCCCCGCGUACCAACUUGCUUCCGAGAGCGAGGUCCUCGUCAAGCCCAAGAGCGGCGAGGGCGAAUACGAGGGCUGGUGCUGGCCCGGCUCUUCGUCCUGGGUCGACUUCUUUAACCCCGGCGCGUGGGACUACUGGAAGAGCCUCUUCCAGCUGUCGCCCCGCGCCGACGGCAAGUGGUCGUGGACGGAGAGCACCGCCAAGGUCGGCAUCUGGAACGACAUGAACGAGCCCUCUAUCUUCAACGGGCCCGAGAUCAGCAUGCCGAGGGACAGCAUCCACUACGGCGGAUGGGAGCACCGCGACGUGCACAAUAUCAACGGCAUGCUCUUCACGAACCACACGUACCAGGCCGCCGCACUCCGCGCGGACCCGCCGCUCCGGCCGUUCGUCCUCACGCGCAGCUUCUACGCCGGCUCGCAGCGCUUCGGCGCGAUGUGGACGGGCGACAAUCUCGGCACGUGGGAGCAUAUGGCCGUCGGGCUCAAGAUGGUGCUCGCGAACGGUCUCGGCGGGAUGUCCUUUGCCGGAUCCGACGUCGGCGGCUUCUUCGGGAACCCGGACGCGGAGAUGCUCGUGCGCUGGUACGGAGUCGGGAUCUUCAACCCGUUUUUCCGCGCGCACGCGCACAUCGACACGAAGCGCCGCGAGCCGUAUCUGCUCGACGAGCCGUACCGCUCUAUUCUGCGCGAUAUGAUCCGGCUGAGGUAUGCGAUGCUGCCGGUGUGGUACACCGCAUUCCACGAGGCGAGUGUGACUGGGAUGCCUGUCUUGCGUCCGCAGUAUACCGUGUUCCCGAAGGACGAGGCUGGCUUUGCCAUCGACGAUCAGUUUUACGUCGGCGCGUCAGGUUUGCUCGUCAAGCCCGUCACGGAAAAGGGCGCCACCGAGGCGUCCGUCUACCUCGCUGAAGACCAGGUCUACUACAACUACUUCACGCACGAAGCGUACCGCGGCUCCGCACGCGGCAAACACGUCACUCUCCCCGCCGCGCUGCACGAGAUCCCGGUGCUCAUCCGCGGCGGCUCGAUCGUGCCCACGCGCGAGCGCUUCCGGCGCUCGUCCCCGCUCAUGAAAGCCGACCCGUUCACGCUGCGCGUCGCGCUCGGCGCGGACGGCGCCGCGCAGGGCCGGCUGUACCUCGACGACGGCGAGACGUACGCGCACGAGCGCGGGGAGCUCGUCUGGCGCGGGUUCAGCGCCAGCAUGGAUAAGAAAGGCAAGGGGAGGACGCUGCGCAUCGCGAGCGAGGAUCUGGCGAGCCGUGAUCCGCGCGGGGCGGUCGAGCGCGGGGCGCUGGGCGCGUAUGAGGCGCGGAACGCGUUCGCGGGUGCUGUGGAGCCUGUGCGCGUGGAGAAGCUCGUGGUGCUCGGGCUCGGUGCGCGCCCGACGAGCGUGCGCGUGGAGGGCGCGGAUGGCGGGGAGCUCGAGUGGGAGUAUGUGGCUGGUGUGGGUGCGGACGGGAAGAAGGAGGGCAAGGCGGGUGUGUUGACGGUCAAGGACCCUGCUGUGAGCGUCGCUAGGGACUGGGCAGUCGUCGUGAAGAUGUAAUGGUGGGAAGAAGUAGAGAUUAGAGAUAGAACUGAAAGUUGUAUAUAAUGCUAUGGAACUUUCUUUGAC